UAGGCGGAGCUUUGAGCUGAGCUUAAGUCAGGGUCGCGUCACGGCCAUGCCGGGCCUGAGUCGGGCGUGGUAAAGUGGGAAGGAACGAGCGCCAUGGAGUUGCCGGCUCCGCGUGGCAGCAGCGUGAUGUCGCUGGUCCCCGUCGUGGUGCUCUUGGCUCUGUGCCCGCUCCUCGCCCGGGCAGAGGUCCCCAAGGAUGUGAAGCUGGACACGCUGAUGAGUGUUUGUGUCAUGGUGGCCCCAUUCGUCAUGGUGGCCAUCGUGGUGGUCAUCGGCGUGGUGAUGCGUGCCCACUGCCAGGGCCACUGCUGGGGGGCACAAAGGGGAUGUGACCUGCGGGGAGGUGGGGACAGAUGUGACCUCCAGGGAGGUGGGGACAGAUGUGACCUGCGGGGAGGUGGGGACAGAUGUGACCUGUGGGGAGGUGGGGACAGAUGUGACCUCCUGGGAGGUGGGGACAGAUGUGACCUGCGGGGAGGUGGGGACAGAUGUGACCUCCCAAGAGGAGGGACAGAUGUGACCUGCAGGGAGGUGGGGACAGAUGUGACCUCCAGGGAGGUGGGGACAGAUGUGACCUGCAGGGAGGUGGGGACAGAUGUGACCUGCGGGGAGGUGGGGACAGAUGUGACCUCCCGGGAGGUGGGGACAGAUGUGACCUCCCAAGAGGAGGGGACACAGCGGACACCGUGUGACAAGGGGAAACUGAGGCAGCGGCUGCAGCUGUGGUGCAUCCCUGACUUUGGGGGGCUGCGGGGGGAGGUGUGCAGGUGGCAUGGGGGUGGUGACACCUGUGGGGUCACCCGUGUCCCUCUGCAGGUGAUCUCCAUGCUGAUGGUGGCCGUGGGGGUGUACGCCCGGCUGCUGAAGCACGCAGAGGCGGCCAUGGCGUGCCUGGCGGUGGACCCUGCCAUCCUCCUCAUCAUAGUGGGCGUCCUCACCUUCCUCAUCACCUUCUGCGGGUGUGUUGGCUCCCUGCGGGAGAACAUCUGCCUGCUGCAGACGUUCUCCAUCUGCCUGACCAUCAUCUUCCUCCUGCAGCUGGCGGCCGGCGCGCUGGCCUUUGUGUUCUCUGAUGAGGCUCGUGGGAAGGUCAGCGAGAUCAUCAACGGGGCCAUCGUGCAUUACCGGGAUGACCUGGACCUGCAGAACCUCAUUGAUUUCGGGCAGAAGGAGUUCAGCUGCUGUGGGGGCGUCUCCUACAAGGACUGGUCCCAGAACAUGUACUUCAACUGCACGGCCACCAACCCCAGCCACGAGCGCUGCUCUGUGCCCUUCUCCUGCUGCCUGCAUGAUGCCAACCAGGCCGUCAUCAACACCAUGUGUGGCCACGGGAUGCAGGCCAGGGGCUACCUGGAGGCCAGUGCCUUCAUCCACACCAACGGCUGCAUCGACAAGCUGGUCAACUGGACCCACAGCAACCUCUUCCUGCUGGGUGGCAUCACCCUGGGGCUGGCCCUGCCCCAGCUGGUGGGCAUCGUCCUGGCACGGCUCCUCAUCAACCAGAUCCGAGACCAGAUCAAGCUGCAGCUCUACAACCAGCAGCACCGGGCAGACCCCUGGUCCUGAGCCCCGGGGGCAUUCCCGAGCCCCGGAUCCGCGGGGACAUCGCCGGAUGCGGAUCCGCGGUGGCCGUGGAGGAGAUCCGUGCCUUUGGCAGCCGGUGCCGGGCUCGGCUGAGCUGAAGCGAGGCCGGGGAACCGCUGUCUGUCUGUCUGUCUGUCCGUCUGUCAGGAUCGCUGUCUGUCUGCUGGCUCACCCAGCUUGGCGCUGGGGUGUGCUUCCCCACGCCGCGUGUGCUGGAGAAGGACGUUUGUCCGUCUGUCUGUGUGUCUGUGUGUGUGUCCGUGCACCGAGCUGCCUUCACCCAGCCUGGGCUGUGGGACCGGGGACAUUGUCACCAUGGCCGGGUGUCCGUCUCGGUGUCACAGCUGAGGGCACACCAGGGCUGGCCCGAGGGGGUGCAGGGCUGUGCCCAGUCCUUGGCUUUCCUGGAUAACGUGGUUGGUGCCAGGCUGUGCCCAUUCCUUGGCUUUCCUGGAUAACGUGGUUGGUGCCAGGCUGUGCCCAUUCCUUGGCUUUCCUGGAUAACAUGAUUGGUGCCAGGCUGUGCCCAUUCCUGGGAUUUCCUGGAUAAAAUGAGGGGUGCAGGGCUGUGCCCAUUCCUGGGAUUUCCUGGAUAACAUGAUUGGUGCCGGGCUGUGCCCAUUCCUUGGCUUUCCUGGAUAACAUGAUUGGUGCCAGGCUGUGCCCAUUCCUUGGCUUUCCUGGAUAAAAUAGGGGGUGCCAGGCUGUGCCCAUUCCUUGGCUUUCCUGGAUAACGUGGUUGGUGCCAGGCUGUGCCCAUUCCUUGGCUUUCCUGGAUAACGUGGUUGGUGCCAGGCUGUGCCCAUUCCUUGGCUUUCCUGGACAAUAAAGACACAAGGCCGGAGCUGCCAGCGUAGGGGACACCGUGGUGGCUUUGGUGACACAGAGGUGGCACCACUGCCCCGUGCCGUGCACCCCAAAACGAGGAGGGAAAAGCGGCUGAAGCUCCUGGCCCGGCCUCUCGGAGCUGUCGCAAACGCGUGGGUGGAGUUUUUUGGGGUUGGGUUUUUAGGUUUUUUUUUAUUAUUAUUUUAAUUUUCCCUUCUGUCAGGCUGGGUGGUCCCUCCCGGCUCUUUGUGUGCGGCCGGGAGGCUUCUUUCCCAUUAAAAAACCCUUUUUUUGGCUUU